GAAUAAAACACAUCGGCAAAAUGAUGGAGAGUUGUUUAGGAGGGAAGCCGGAGAGAGUCGGACCGGUGGUGGUGGACGACAUCCGGAGGGACCUGCUGGGUGAAUUCACGGCUCUGCCUGCACAGGCCGCCUGCCCACCUGCACAGGACAGUUCUCCGUCAGAGAACCUGCAGGUGUACCUCAGGGUCCGACCUUUCACUGCAGCGGAGAGCGACGGGGGGGAGUCUCAGGAGUGUGUGACCAUCGAGGGACCGGACACCGUGGUCCUAAAAGCUCCCAGGAGCUGUCAAUCAAACCGACAGAGCGACAAGUCCCUCCCACAAACGGCACAGAGGUUCACCUUCACACAGGUGUUUGACCCCGAGGCGAGCCAGAGGAAGGUGUUUGCCGGGUCGGUCCGUGGUUUGGUCCGAGACGUUCUGGAAGGAGGAAACUGUCUGGUGUUCACGUACGGAGUCACCAACGCUGGGAAGACCUUCACCUUCCUCGGUCCUGAGCAUGACUCUGGUCUGUUGCCGCGGUCUCUGUCGGUGAUCUUUAACAGUGUGGAGGGUCGUCUGUACGGCCGGGCCGACCUGAAGCCUCAGCGCUGCAGAGACUUCAGCAGACUGACUCCAGACCAGCAGGCAGCAGAGGCCAGCAGCAAGAGGAACCUGCUGAGGCUGCUCAAAGAGAGCGACAGAAGUCAGACGUCUGGAAGAUCGACUUUCCUUGACGGAUCGUCUCUCAGCUCUGACAGCAGCGUGAACUCUGAGGCCGACAGUUUCUGUCUGGACGUGAACUCAAACGUCAGAUUCUCUAUCUGGGUUUCAUUCUGUGAGAUUUACAACGACAACAUCCACGACCUGCUCGAACAGGUUCCCAGUGGACACCAGAAGAGGACGGUGCUGCGUCUGUCUCAGGACGUCAAAGGAAACUCCUUCAUCAAAGACCUGCGGUGGGUGCAGGUCAGCAGCUCUGAGGAGGCCUACAGAGUGAUGAAGAUCGGGAAGAAGAACCAGAGUUUCUCCUCCACCAGACUGAACCAGCUGUCCAGCAGGAGCCACAGCAUCUUCUCCAUCAGGAUCCUCCGAGUGGACGAUGUGGGCGUUCCCAGAGUCCUCGGCAUCAGCGAGCUGUCUCUGUGCGACCUGGCCGGCUCUGAGCGUUGCUCUCGGACUCAGAACACCGGAGAGCGCCUGAAGGAGGCAGGAAACAUCAACAACUCUCUGCUGACGCUGGGGAAGUGCAUCAACGCCAUGAGGCUCAACCAGAACGCCAAGUUCCAGCACCACGUUCCCUUCAGGGAGUCCAAGCUUACCCACUUCCUGCAGUUCUUCUUCUGUGGUGCUGGCCGGGUUUCAAUGGUCGUCAACAUCAACCAGAACUCGUCCUGCUUCGACGAAACACUCAACGUCCUCAAGUUCUCCGCCCUCGCCCAGAAGGUGGUGGUGUUGAACGCCAGGCCGGCGGUCCCUGAUGACGCCUCCCACAGGUCGGCCAUGGAGCUCUCCAUGAUCAUCGACGAAGCCGACCGGCGCAGAAACGUGUCGGGUCGGGGCAGGAAGAGCUCGAUGGUUGCCUGGGAGACGAGCCUGGAGGACGUGGUGGAGGACGAGGAUGGGGAAGACUGGAUGGUGGAGGAUGAAGAGGAGGAGGAGGAGGAAAGUGUGAUGGAGGGAACAGUGCUAGAUGCAGGAGGUGAAGAAGACGAGGAGGAGGACGGGGAUCAGACCAUGGAGGUCGAGGAGAAGUCAGACAGAGAGGCAGCGCUGCGUCUGGUUCUGGAGGCUCAGAUCAGAGAAGAAGUCAGUGCUGAGUUCAUGGACCUCUUCAACAAGAUGGAGAAAGACUACAGUGAGCGUCUGGAGAAGGAGAGGGAGAUCCUGGAGGAGCGAGCUGAGAAGAGGGUGGAGAUCCUGAAGAACCUCGUCAGCAGGACGGUCGAUCUGUCGGCCGUCAACACAAACGAAGCCAAGGAGGAGCCGUCAGACCUUCUGGGAGGAAUCAUCAGCUCAGUGACUGAAGACCUGGAGAAGAUCAGACAGGACGCUCAGAGUGUUCACCACUGUCUGACCCAGCAGAACCACACUGCAGAGUUGGAGUUGCUGCGUCUGGAGAACCAGCAGUCCCAGGAGCUCCUGCAGGAGGCCAGACAGACGGUGGAGCAGCAGCAGCAGAAGCUCUCUGAGAUGAUGGACGUCUGUCUGCACAAAGACACCAUCAUCAACCAGCUGCAGGCCACCACACACACCUGCAGCUGUCUGAGGAGGACAGGAGGACACGAGGAGGAGAAGGAGAGCAGGAAACGCCAGCAUGAAGCUGAAGAGGAGAUACCACCAGCGAAGAAGAGAGCGUCCCCGGUCCUGGAGGAGGAGAUCUGGAGGCUGCAGGAGGAGAACGACAGGAAGGAGGAAACCAUUGCUGAGCUGAGAGAGAGGGAGGAGGAGAGGAGCGGGCUGCAGGAGGAGCUGAGGAGGCGGGAGGAGCAGGUGGAGGAGCUGAAGAAGGAGCAGGUGGAGCUGCAGCAGAAGGUGCAGGAGCUGACAGCUCUGGACGAGUGUCCAGACUGUGAGUCUGUGUUCUCGUCUCUGGAGGCGGAGCAGAGGGAAACCUCCAGACUGACCAAGGAGAACAAAGCUCUGGUCAACGGCAUCUUCCAGCUGCAGACCCAGGUGACCAGUCUCCAAACAAAGCUCAGAGAGCAGACAGACAGGUCCGACAGCCUAUCAGAGGAGCUCAGCACUGCUAAGACCCGCCUCCAGGACCUGCAGAGCCAAUCAGAGGAGAAGUGCAGCAGCAUCAACAGUCUGACGCAAGAGGUGGAGCGUCUGAGACAGGAAGUCAAGGAGGAGCAGAGCAGCAGUGAUUUCCACGGCGCCAUGGAGGAGCUGCAGAAGGAGAGCCAGGCGGCGCUGGAGAGAUCGGCUCAGAAAUCCCAACAGAUUGAAGAUCUGCAAAGAGAAAAGAGCGAGCUGGAGGAAACUCUGACCCUCAGUCAGAACAGGUGUGUUGAGCUCAGCAAGGAGCUGGCCAAUCAGAAAGCAGAAUUCAGCGGCCAGCUCCAGAGCCUGAGGGCGGAGCUGGAGUCUGAGGGCGGAGCUCUACGAAGGAGACUGGAGGAGAUGGAGAGAUCGGAGGAGGAGAGGAGGAGGAGGCAGGAGAGAGAGGAAAAAGAGCUGCGUGGGGCGGUGACGGAGAAAGAGGAGCUGGUGGAGGAAUGCCACAGACAGAUGGAGACGCUGAGAAAAGAGCUGGAGCGUCUGCAGGAGGAGCUGCAGAGCAGGGAGGAGGAGGAGGAGGAAGAGGAGGAGGAGAAGGAGAACAGAGAGGUUUCAGAGAGGAAGGUGACGGUGGUGGAGGAGCUGAAGGAGGAGAUCCAGAGACUCCAGGAGAGGAGGGGGAGGCAGCAGGAGGAGCAGGAGAGGGGGAGGGAGUUUGAGGCUGUGAAGAGAGAGAUGGAGAGACUCCACAGACUGAAGGAGGAGAGAGAGACUCACCUGCACACAGACACACAGAGGUGUGUUGGUGUCUGUCCUCCAGACGUCCAUGUGUCUCCUCUGAGGUCCAACAUGGCCCUGAGGAAGAAGAGUCCCAAAACUACAGGGAGGAAGAGGAAGAGCUGUGAGGUGCAGGACCUGGUGUUCAGUGAGAACAAGAGAAACAGACUGAGAGGAAACACUCGAAACAACAACAACCAGUCUUCCUCUGUGGUGAAGGAGACCAAGGACAGGGCUCUGCAGAAGAUUGGAGAGUUGAUCCACAGCUCUCCCUCCAUCCUGGGCACCAAAGCUAAAACCAUCAUUGGUCUGGUCAGUGGACACUCGGUGGAGAAGGAGACGCUCACCACAGCCUCAAAGCCAAAACGAGGACGGAAGAAGCUUUUUAAGAAGGGCGACUCGUCCCCGCUGCUCGACUCCCCGGACCUGAUGUCUGGAGGCCUGGCGGAGGAGAAGGAGAGCCAUCACCUCAUCAUUAAGCGCCAGCUGCGCUCCAAGACCUGCAGGAAGUGACAUCAUCAUCUGCAGGCGCUACAAAAAAACACUCAGGACGCUCUGAGAGUCAAAUGAGUGAAUGACGGUUUUUAAAAUCAUUUUAAAUACGUGUACAGAUUGUUUUUUUUAUUUUAGUAUGACAAAAAAGUGGACAAUUGGACAACUUUAUGAAAAUAAAAACUUUCCCAUUCUC